AUGCCUUCGAGAGGGUGGUGGUCCGUGGAAAGCCUGGACCGGUGCCUGGACCGGAACCUGGACCGGUGCCUGGACCGGAGCCUGGAGCGGAACCUGGACCGAGCUCGAGCUUUGCCCCACCGAAUAGUUGUGCGCGGAACUAUUCGAAUAGUGCAUAUUUCGCACUCGGAUGCUAACUCUCGGAGGGACAUUUCCAGUCGAGUUCGCCAAGGGAUUUGCAGAGCGGCCGAAAAGACGCGAAAUUCCAGACGGGAGCGGGAUUCUGCAAUCCUCCUGUUCUACCUGCAGCAGCAGGCGGCCCUCUCGCAGAAGACUGCAGUGAAUCGCUCCAGACUGGCCAUUGAGGCAGCAGCGAGGCGCUAUGGGGCGUCAGACUAUGCGCCACAUCCCACAGGGAUAGUGUUGCGACGCGUGGGCUACUACACGAUACCCUCGCUGGAUGAUCUCAAGUCCUACCUGGCCGAGAAUGGGUCCUGUGUGGUGCCCAAUUUCACCAUUGGACGCGAGGGCUAG